AUCGGCGCAUCUAGCUGCCAUUGGUCGCGAGCGACAACAGUACGGAGAAACGCAACGGGAGGUCUGGCACGCAAGAUUAGUUUCAUCAUGAAUAAUCAAACGGGAAUUAAUGUUUUGAGUGCUGCACUCUUCGACAUUUCGCACAAGUAUGUCACUCAUCAAGAUCCAUCAGUGGCCAUCAAUGUGAAAGAUCUCCACAAACUACUGAUGAAAGGAUGCUACAAGCUGGACACUAAUUCUGAAUACAUUAUUCCUGAAAGUGCUGUAAGUAGAGGUAUAGUAACACUACGAGGCACCAUUAUAAUCUAUGUGGAAAUCUCACCCAAACAAAUCAAAGAAUAUCCUAUCAACCAAUCGGCAACCAUCAAGGACUUGAAAGAUAUUAUAUGCGACGGAGAAGGCAUCUCACCAAGUCUACAAAGAUUGUUGUUUUUCAACCAGGAAUUGAAAGACAAUAAAUCUUUGGAAUAUUACAACAUCAAAGAACGCGAUACUGUUCAACUUAUUUUGAAAAUAAUAGUCGGAAUUUUCAUACCUGAGGAACUGUUAGACGAACCGUACCAUUACGAUUUUAUCAAUAACAUUUCUGAUGAGAGAAACCAAUUCUACAGGGGAGGAAUGAAAUACCUCCGCCCGUGCGGAUGGCAACGCUACGCAUUAAAAGUCAAAGGCGAGUACCCAGACGAUAUUUGGCUAAAAGGGAAAUAUCGCCGGGCUGACCAAUACUCGUCGGCGGAAGGAGAAUGGGCAGUGUCCUACCACGGAACAUCUUACCACAACGGUCUCUCAAUCGCAGAGGAAGGAUUUAAAUUGAGUAAAGGAAAACGUUUCAAAUAUGGCUAUGGUAUCUACACGACCCCCGAUAUCAAAGUCGCAUCCAAAUUUGCUGAUAUUAUACAGUACAAUGGGAAAAUCUAUAAAAUUGUCAUGCAAGUUCGUGUUAAUCCCAAACAUUUACAGAUAGUUUGCAAAGCUGAAACUGGUGUGGGCGAGUUUUGGAUCUCAUCCAAUGAAGACGAUGUUCGUCCUUAUGGCUAUUGUAUUCGAGAAAUUGGAAGGAAAAUUGUCCCCCUCAAAUUAACCCCUACCUUUGAAACUCCUCCCCCUGUAACUCCUCUUCCUGAAACUAUAAACAUCCUCUUUUGGUUGUUGUUAUUUGCUGUAAUAAUGAUAUACUACUGCACAAAGGAAUGAAAAAUUUAAUAAAGGACCAAGAUGAAAUCAA